CAUUGCGACCUAACCCACAGAACUCUCAGUGGGGCAAGGCACGUCAACGUGACUGAGGCCGAGCAACAUCCACUGUCGUUGCCACAACUGCAUUAUCGGAAUUAUCCCAGACGUUAGACAUGCACGUUACGGUGAAAUAUCACCCCAUUUCACAAAGAGGAGACGCCAACUACUCGCCGUAACAUCGACCUCCAGCACCGGAAACCCGUUAGCUGUGCUAGCUAACGCGAGCUAGCUAAGUUAGCUGUUACAUACCCUCGUUUUUUUCCUCCACGCAGCUGACCUCCACCACAACACAGCCGUACUGGGUAUCAUUUGCUCGCUAGGUUGGGGUCGUUACUCUCCCGUGUCCUCACGUUAGCCCCCCCACCCCCACCCCCGUUGUCCCCGCGUGGUGCCCCGUGGACGGUUCCCGAAUAUGAUACAUAAUGAGUCAAAGAGACACCUUGGUUCAUCUGUUUGCUGGAGGAUGUGGGGGCACGGUAGGAGCCAUAUUGACUUGUCCACUGGAAGUAGUGAAGACUCGUCUGCAGUCGUCCUCCAUCACCCUCUAUGUGUCUGAGGUUCAGCUCAGUACUGUCAACGGCGCCAGUGUGGCCCGCAUGUCCCCGCCAGGCCCCCUGCACUGUCUCAAGUUGAUUUUAGAGAAAGAAGGACCGCGCUCUCUCUUCAGGGGCUUGGGGCCAAACUUGGUGGGUGUGGCACCUUCCAGAGCGAUCUACUUUGCUGCUUACUCCACUGCCAAAGAGAAACUGAACGCUGUGUUGGAACCCGACUCCACACAGGUACACAUGGUGUCAGCUGGAAUGGCAGGUUUUACAGCCAUCACAGCAACCAAUCCAAUAUGGCUCAUAAAGACCCGUCUCCAGCUGGAUGCAAGGAAUCGAGGUGAGCAAAGGAUGAGUGCAUUUGAGUGCGUGCGGCGGGUGUAUCAGACAGAUGGCCUGCGAGGCUUCUACAGGGGUAUGUCUGCAUCCUACGCCGGUAUCUCAGAGACUGUGAUCCAUUUUGUGAUCUAUGAAAACAUCAAACGGCGCCUCUUGGAGGCCAAGGCACCGCAGAAUAUGGACGAGGAAGAGGAGACGUCCAAAGAUGCUACAGACUUUAUAGGGAUGAUGCUCGCUGCUGCCACCUCCAAGACCUGUGCCACGACUAUUGCUUAUCCUCAUGAAGUGAUCCGCACCAGGCUACGCGAGGAGGGCACCAAGUACAAGUCUUUCUUCCAGACUCUAACAACAGUGCCCAAAGAGGAGGGCUACCGCGCCCUGUACCGCGGCCUCACCACCCACCUGGUACGACAGAUCCCCAACACCGCCAUCAUGAUGUGCACCUACGAGCUGGUGGUCUACCUCCUGAACCGUUAAAGUCUUCCCCCCCUACCCGCGGACAGUAUGUGUAACCCUGCCCCUGUUCGGAGACAGAGAAAAGAGAAUGAGAGCCAACUGCACACCAGCCAGCACAGCAACCUGCUCGUCAGAAGAGGACAGAGACAACACUGUGACCUUUGUCUCAGUGACGCGAGUGGUUGUUAAAAAUAAGUUUUGUUUUAUAACCGUAGGGUCUGGCAUAGUGGAGAGGAUUGAGAAGCUCCUUGCAUUGGUUUGGGGAUCUGGGUUUAGCGGUGGCAAAGAAACGGUUGCCCUAUUUUUAUUUUAAUUCCAUCCUUUUCUCCCUUCGGUUAAACGUGUUGCUUCUGGAAGUUCCGACUCAGAGUGCUGAAGAAAGAGUUACAGUAUAUUCUGCCUCUAACAAUACUAAUAUGGAAAGACAAGUACAGUGAUUCAUAUCCUUACCACCUAGUGGAUCUAAGACCCCCUCCAGCAGUAGGCUGUCAUGCCGAUGAUCGGUUUUUAAAAAUAUUUUAUUAGCAGUAUUCCCUGCAUCCAUCAGAGUACCACCAGAGGAUCGGAAUACAAAGAUGGAAGAGUCUGUAGCGAGCUGAAGUAUCUGACGAGGGGCUCUCAAGUUAGCAGAGAAGAAAUGAGUGCUCGAGGCUUGUUGAGGCAGGAUAAACAGGGAAGAGGUGGAGAUUGGGAGGAACGGGAACGGGAGACGUGCCUUGUUUGUAGCCGUGAUGUAGACAAAGAUACACAAUGGCUGUGGGAGGACACCAAGCUCUGGUUGACCUGUCACAACAAAGGUUAUAUAGGUUAGAAGCAGAGUCGUACACUGGUAUUGUGUGAUUACAGGUGCCCUUAGCGAACCUUUUUACAUAUCAUGAAUAUAGACACUCGCCUAAUGCUUGUCCCUCAUACUAGUCGGGAUCUCCUCAUGACGCAGGAAUCGACAUGCAUCUACAGGCGUGCAUUUACACUUAAUACCUACACGGUUAAAAUCAGCUUGCUUAUUAUAAGUCUGCGUAAUGACACCGAUCUCGGAACCUGUUUGUGUUUGUGUUAAUCAUGUGUGGAAGAAGAGUAGUCACUAAGGUUAGAUGGAGGGUAAAAAGUCCCCAAACUAAACCAGAAUAUAAUCACCAAUUUAACUACUGGAAUGUAAAUUAACAGGAAGAUUAACUUCACUAAUGAUGAAGGUAAAACACUGACCUAUGGUGUGAAUUAUAAAUAAAUAUGAUUAACAAAUUUUAACAAAAUGUUUUAUUGAUGGAGAUGUACAAUGCCUACAUAAAAGGCUUGGGAGGUAUCUAUUUAUUAUUCAUUCCUGACAUUUAACGGAGGUAUACAGUAUAUGAAUAAACGUAGAGGAGCAUCGGUAUUUUUGAUGGUAUUGAAAAUUAUAGCUUGAGGAUUUCUAAAUACCUUGGUGUACCGUGAUACCUUGAUAGCUCCUGAGGCUCUGAUCACACAGAAAGUGUUUUAGCAGCCGGGGGCGUCUUUUUGUAAUUGUUUUUAAUGAGAAUCUUCAACUCACAGCGAAAAAACGCCCUGUGUCAUCUUUUUUCUUAUUGUCCAAUCGUAUGAUGUGAGAGGCGGGCCUUCUGUGGUGGUCACAACAACAAGUUUACAGUUGGUAAACAAUGGAGGAGAAACUGGUGGUAGCAGUUGCUGGAAACCCAGAGCUAUACGGCCCGAUGACAGACAGCAGGUUGUCAAACUGCCCCUGAGUCAUCCUAAAAUAUGCCUAAAAAUGGCCAUCAUGGAGGAGAAGCUCCUGGACCAACUGGUGGUACUCCCCGUGACCAACCCUCUUUUUUUAGAGUCUCAUGUACCCACACAGAUCUCUGUUUAUCUGUGCCCAAAGAACGAUUUGCUGACAGCCUCUCACCCUCAACCAGAGCUACAGCAAGUACCCUCUGCCUCAACAUUUUAGGAACUAGAUGCUAAUUACUGUCAAAUAAACGGUAGCUUGAUUUCAUUGGAAGGUUAGAAUAGUAGAAUAAAAAGGCACAGCAAGCAUUUUUUCCCACUAGUGGCAUUCAAUUUUUUUUUUAAAAAUGCCAAUGCGGCAUGCCAUUUUGCAACCUGCAAAACACUUCCUGUGUGAUCGGGGCCUGAGCCUACUACAGAACGUGAUUGUGUCACAUUUGUUUGUCCAGAAACGGCAGAACGCAAAGAUUGAGUGCAUUUUCUUUGGGGGAGAGGGGGAUAUGCCUGUUAGUUGUUACCUUUGUUCAAACAACAGUCAUGUUCUUAGCGCACUUUUCAAUGUCUGUCUCUAGAAUCCUCAUCUCAUUUUUAUUGUUUUCCUCAGUUGGAGAAUCCAGGCUAGUUUUACAGGCGAGGACAAUCCUCUUGAGUUUACUCUGGAAAGUUGUACAGUUUAGCUAGUGUGUGGAGCAAGUGGCCAGGAAUAUGCUCAUCAUAAGUGCACAUUAAUUCAACACAGAUCAGUUUAAAAAAAAAAAGAAGAAAAGAAAGAACGGCCACUCUUGUUGAUUUCCUCUCCUUAUUUAGUUGUUUUUGCAAACAAAAUAACUGCAUUUUAUCCAGUUAAAAAACAAAACGGCUUUUUGUUUGUCAGUGUUUUCUGUACAGUUGGAUGUCCUUGUUGAAUGGAAAGGUACUUGCUCUCUGCUUUGGAUGCAUUUGUUUUUGAGUUUUAUGUCAUGUUUCAAACAGUGCAACAGACAAAAACAGUGUUUUCCUGUCGCCUUAUUUAUCCUAAUAACCACAGACAUACUUCCCCUCUCUAGUCACAUGACACAAUAACCCAGCCUGUUGAUGAGCGUGUGCAUUUUCACCACAAACUUGCAAACUAAAACGACACGGCUUAGCCCAGAAUGCUAACACAUGAUCUUAGGUUUAACAGCAUGAGCUGUUGUCGUUAUCCUGCGGUGUAUUUUGACUCACAGCGACAACCAAUCCAAACACUGCACUGCUUAAUAGGUCAGAGCGCUGGUGUGCAGCAGUGAGCAUACUGCCCGGCUGCUGUGGAAUGAAAGGGGCAGUUUUUCGGCGAAAUAUGCAGCUCGACUAUGCUCGCUUUCUCUCGUGAGGCGCCGUUGUACUUGAGAUUGCAGAAACCGCUUCAGUGUGUGACCCCCACCCCCACCCC